AUGAUCAAGAAUUCUGCACCUAUAAAGGGUAUCCACUCAUUUGCUGAUGCAAUACAUAUUUCAUUUGGAUUCCUAUUCUUUCCAACCGAAGCAGUUCCACUUUACAGUUCUCAUUGCUGCACAGACUCUCUCAAAUUCGAACCAAACAGAACCUUCCAAACCAACCUCAACCUCCUCCUCUCUUCGCUUACUUCCAACGCCACAGAAGGCAGCCAUUUCUACAGGACAAGAGUUGGCAGCACCUCUCCUAACGCUGUCACCGGCCUCUUCCUCUGCCGAGGCGACACGCUCUCCGUAGCUUGCCACGACUGCAUAGCGGCCGCCGCCACCGAGAUCAAACGGAGGUGCCCCGUUGUGAAAGAGGCCAUAGUAUGGUACGACAUAUGCAUGCUACGUUACUCCAACCAAUCAAUCCUGAACAACAUAGUACCGGGAGUGGACUUAUUCGAUGCAAAGAACGUUUCAGUCAAGAGAGUAUAGGGAGCC